AUGUGCAAACAAGUUUUUUUGAUUAACUCUGAAGACCAUAACGACAAAGAACAAGUUAAUCUAAAUAUAGCUGCUACUACUGGAAUUGUGGCUUCCGGUAUCGGCUUCUCUCAAUUUGAAGAAUUAUGUUCGGCUAUGGAUAUUCCAGUUUUCAGUUCAAAAUACUAUUCGAAAUUAGAGGAUGGAAAAAGACGGCAAGUGCUUCCAUGGAAGCUGCAGCUCAAAUGGAGAAGGAUAUCGCUAUCGCAGAAGGUCGAACUAAGAACAGCAUUCCUGUGA